UCAUCCCGUUGGAGCCAGCCAGUCUAUCGCUCUGUCCCCUAGCAGAAGCGAUCUGCUCGACACCGGCAAACAAAUCCAUCGCCGAAACCUCCGCAAACCCUCGGAGCGCACGCCGCCGCCACCGCCACCGCCACCGCCGCCGCCAUGCGUCCAUCUCACGACCGCCGCCCGUACCGCCCGCCGGAUCGGGGCUCCCCGCCUCCCCACCGCUACCACAACCAGCAGCCCCACCGCCAGCCGCCCCCGCACGCGCGCCAGUACGCGGUGAUCCUCCUCCGCGCGGCGCCCGACUCCUCCACCCCGUCCGCCACGGAGAUCGACGCGCUCGUCGCCGGCCUCCAAUCUCCACCCCCGGACAGCCUCUCCGUCAGCUCCUCCGGCCGCCAGGCCGCGCGCCUCCUCUUCCGCUCCCUCCCCAAAGCCGCGGAGGCCGCGCGCGAGCUCUGGUCGCUCCGCCUCGACGGCCUCCACUUCAUCAACCCGCACCUCCCCGACGCGCCGCUCGCCGCCCACGCCUACCCGCUCCUCGCCUCCCUCUUCGCCUCCCACGCGUCCCGCCUCCUCGACUCCGACCUCGUCUCCCGCUGCGCCGCGCGCUCCGCCGAGCUCGCGGUCUCCAUCCAGUCCGUGAAACACCGCCUGCGCGCCCACAAUAAACUCCGCGACUUCGAUCAGCUCGAUCUCCAGAAGAGAACACUGGAGGCUGAGAAGGACUUGGUGGAUGACAAAAUUGCAGAGUACAAAGCAGCGAUGAAUUCCAUACGGCGUGCCAUGUUGUGUGGGACGGAUGACGAGGAAGAGGUGGAUGAGGAGGGGGUGGAUGUGUUUGGGAUUAUCAGGGAAGGCGAGGAUGUGGACUUUGUGAGGUUGCACAUGAUGAUGCUGCGCGAGUGCAGGAGGCUCAACGAGGGGCUACCCAUCUACGCAUACCGCAGGAAAAUUCUUGAUCACAUUUUCAAUAACCAGGUUAUGAUCUUAAUUGGGGAAACUGGUUCUGGGAAAAGCACACAACUAGUCCAGUUUCUUGCUGAUUCAGGUCUUGCUGCAAAUGGCUCAAUUGUCUGCACGCAACCGCGGAAAGUUGCUGGUCUGUCGCUGGCACAUAGAGUAGAUGAAGAAAGCAAGGGCUGCUACAAGGACAAUUUCGUGUCAUCAUAUUCAAGCUUUUUUAAUUCCCAAGAUUUAAGCUCUAAGAUCAUAUUUUGCACAGAUAGUUGUCUCUUACAUCACUAUAUGGACGAUACAGACCUGAGUGGCAUUUCAUAUAUCAUUGUUGAUGAAGCUCAUGAAAGAAGCUUGAACACUGAUCUUCUCUUAGCUUUGAUCAAGAAGAAGCUGCUUGAUAGGUUGGAUUUGCGACUCAUUAUAAUGUCUGCCACUGCUGACGCUAAUAGACUUGCUGAAUAUUUUUAUGGCUGUCAAACUUUCCAUGUGAAAGGGAGAAAUUUUCCUGUUGAAAUUAAAUAUGUGCCAGAUUUGUCAGUGGAGGCUUCUUUGAAUACUGGGCUAAAUUCUCCACGUGGUGCUUGUGCCACUGCUGCUUAUGUCGAUGAUGUUAUAAGACAGGUAAGCAUUAUUCACAAGGGUGAAGACGAGGGUGCCAUCCUUGCUUUCUUGACAUCUCAACUGGAAGUUGAAUGGGCUUGUGAAAAUUUCAGUGAUGCCAGGGCUGUGGUUCUUCCUAUGCAUGGAAAGCUUUCCCCUGUAGAACAGAGUCGUGUUUUUAAAAGCUUUCCUGGAAAGAGAAAAAUUAUCUUCUGCACGAAUAUAGCUGAAACAUCACUGACUAUAAAAGAAGUGAAGUAUGUUGUUGAUUCUGGUCUGGUCAAGGAGAGCAGAUUUGUUCCUACCAGCGGCCUCAAUGUCCUGAAAGUAAAUUGGAUUUCCCAAAGCUCAGCUAAUCAACGUGCUGGCCGGGCAGGUCGAACGGGAGCAGGGAAGUGUUAUAGGCUUUACUCCCAAUCUGACUUCAGUAUGAUGGAAGUGCAUCAAGAACCUGAAAUCCGUAAAGUUCAUCUCGGCACUGCUGUUCUGAGAAUACUUGCUUUGGGUGUUAAAGAUGCACAAAAUUUUGAGUUUGUUGAUGCCCCAAAUCCAGAAGCUAUCAAUAUAGCUGUGAAGAACCUUGAACAGUUGGGUGCUAUCAAAUGUAAAUAUAAUUGCUUUGAGCUGACUGAUAUUGGACGCCACUUGGUAAAAUUGGGAAUUGAGCCAAGGCUUGGAAAAAUUAUGCUUGAUUGCUUCAGUUUUGGUUUGAGGAAGGAAGGUGUUGUUUUAGCUGCUGUUAUGGCAAAUUCUAGCAGUAUAUUUUGUAGAGUGGGCACUGAUGAGGAGAAACAUAAAGCUGACCUUCAGAAGGUCCGAUUGUGUCACCAAGAUGGAGAUCUGUUCACUCUACUCGCUGUUUAUAAGAAAUGGGAGGAUGGACAUGAAAACAGGAAUAUGUGGUGCUGGCAGAACAGCAUCAACGCCAAGACCAUGAGGAGGUGCCAGGAAACUAUAUCAGAACUUGAAAAGUGCCUAAAGCAUGAGCUGAACAUUAUUAUCCCAAGUUAUUGGUGUUGGAAUCCUGAGGCUCCCACUGUGCAUGAUAAGUUGCUGAAGAGAAUUAUCCUGUCAUCUCUUGCAGGUAAUCUUGCUAUGUUUUUAGGACAUGAAAGGUCUGGUUACCAGGUGAUUUCUACAGAUCAGGUUGUGAACCUUCAUCCUUCAUGCUCAUUGCUCAAUUAUGGCAUCAAGCCAGAGUGGGUGGUGUUUGCAGAAAUCUUGUCAGUGCCAAAUCAAUAUUUGGUAUGCGUAACUGCUGUUGAUCAUGAUGCCUUGUGUACAAUUCACCCAAUGUCUUUCAUUCAGCAACUGGAGAAACAGAAAUUGCAGAUAAAGGUGAUUAGCGGGCUUGGUAAUAACCUGCUAGGAAAAUUUUGUGGCAAAUCUGGCCAAAAUAAGCAGAAGAUUGUCUCACGUCUCCAGGAAGAAUGCAGGGAUGACCGAUUAACUGUUGAAAUUAACUUCAAAAAUAAUGAGGUUAUUCUGUUUGCUACAGAACAGCACAUGGAAAAGGUCUUUUGCAUUGUUAACAAUGCUUUGGAAUGUGAAGGUAAGAUGAUGCGGAAUGAAUGCCUUGAGAGAAGUUUAUUUCCUGAGAGGUGUGGCAGUUCUCCCAUUGCACUAUUUGGCUCAGGUGCUGAAAUCAAGCAUUUGGAACUUGAGAAGAGAUAUCUGACAGUAGAGGUUCUGCAUCAAAAUGCCCAUGACAUCAAUGAGAUGGAGCUCAUUUGUCUGGUGGAUAGUCUUGUCUCCGGUGUUGUUAAUAUUCAUAAAUUCGCCAGAAAUUUCCGCAUAGCUUCAGAUGAAACUAAAUGGGGUAAAUUUACAUUCCUCAAACCUGAAAAUGCUGAAGAUGCUGUCUCAAAAUUGAACGGAGUAGAGUUUCAUGGUUCUUCCCUAAAAGUAGUUCCUGUGUAUUCUUCCGAUAAUCAAGGAUUACCAUUUCCUGCAGUAAGAGCUAAAUUAUGUUGGCCACGUAAGCCAAGCAAGGGCCUUGCACUUGUAACAUGUGCCAGCGGGGAAGCUCAAUCUGUUGCAAAUGACUGCUUUGCCCUAGGAAUUGAUGGAAGGUAUGUCAAUUGUAGGGUUAGUACGAAGGAGGAGAACUGUGUCUUUGUCGAAAGAAUUCCAUUGCAUGUCACGGAGCCAGAACUGUAUGAUGCUUUCCGUAGCACAACAACAAGGAGAAUCCUUAAUAUCCGUUUACUCAGGGUCAAGGGAGCCAUAGCUGGCCCCUCUGUUUCAGUAUGUGAAGAAGCGUUGAUUAGAGAAAUUUCUUCAUUCAUGCGAAACAAGAGUUUUCCUGGACAAAAUUUCCGUGUUGAGGUGUUCCCUCCAGAGGAAAAUGAUUCAAUGAUGAGAGCAACUUUAACUUUUGAUGGAAGUCUUUAUCAAGAAGCUGCAAGAGCACUGGACCAUCUGCAAGGAAGUAUUCUUCCUUGUUGUCAACCUUGGCAGAUCAUAGAAUGCAAGCAUGUAUUUCAUAGCACUCUGUCCUGUCCGGUACGUGUUUACAAUGUUAUCAGCCUGGAAGUUGCUUCUCUGCUUGAGAACUUCCGAAGCCAAAAAGGUGUGUCUUACAGUUUUGAGAAGACUGAGAAUGGUAUUUUUCGAGUAAAGCUCACUGCAAAUGCCACCAAAACAAUAGCAGAUUUGAGAAGGCCGCUUGAAAUUUUGAUGAAAGGGAAAACCAUAAACCACCCAGAUCUGACACUAAGUGCAGUUCAUAUGCUCUUGUCCCGUGAUGGUGUAACACAUUUGAAAUCAAUUGAACAAGAGACUGGUACUUACAUUAUGUAUGACAGGCGAAGUCUAAAUAUUAAAGUCUUUGGAAACCAAAAUCAUAUGGCUGAAGCAGAGGAGAAAUUAGUUCAUGUACUUCUGCAGCUCCUUGAGAAGAGGCCUCUUGAAAUUUUUCUUCGUGGGCAUAACCUCCCUCCAGACUUGAUGAAGAAAACAAUAGAAAUUUUUGGAGUUGAUCUGGAAGGAUUCAAGAAAGAGAUGCCCACAGUAAAGGUUGACUUACAUAAGCACCGCCAUUUACUCAAAGUUUGGGGCAGUAAAGAGGACAAGCGACGAGUGGAAGGGAUGGUCUCCGAGUUGAUAAUCUCUGUUAAAAGCAAUGCUCUGGUUCAACUUCCGUCAGAGAAUGUUGGAGGCAGUAAAGAAGAUAAACAAAGGGUGGAUGACAAUGAGUUGUCAAAUGAUACAUGCCCUAUUUGCUUGUGUGAGACUGAAGAUCCUUUUAAGCUUGAAACGUGUGCGCAUGUGUUUUGUCGUGCUUGCUUGGUGGACCAGUGUGAAUCUGCCACAAAAUCACAUGAUGGGUUCCCUCUUUGUUGCCUCAGAACCGGGUGCAAGAAGCCCUUCCUCAUUGUUGACCUGAAGCACCUUGUGUCGAAAGAGAAGAUGGAUGACCUAUUUAGAGCUUCCCUGAGGGCAUUUGUUGCAUCCAGGGCAGGAAUGUACCGUUUCUGCCCAACACCGGAUUGCCGGUCGAUCUACCAGGUGGCAGCUCCAGAUGCAGAGGCCAAACCUUUUGUCUGUGGGGCUUGCUAUGUGGAGAUCUGCACCAAGUGCCAUCUUGAGUAUCAUCCUUUCAUAUCAUGUGAGGCAUACAAAGAAUACAAGGAAGACCCAGACACGACACUGCGUGAAUGGCGUAAAGGGAAGGAGAAUGUGAAGAACUGCCCUUGCUGUGGGUACACUAUCGAGAAAGCUGAUGGCUGCAACCAUGUUGAGUGCAGAUGUGGCAGCCAUAUUUGCUGGGCAUGCUUGGCGAACUUCAGGAGCAGCGAGGAGUGUUAUGGCCAUCUAAGGUCUGUGCACCAAUCCUUUGUGGACAUUGUUUAGAACAUAGUUGUAGAUUUGUACAUGCUGGCAGUCUUGCAUCCUGGAAAACCUCAAAUGUGCUGUACAUUCGGAACUGUUAUAAAGUCUUGGAAAUUGCCACAUUUGGCAAAAUAUGUAUUGCUGAAUAAUGCAGUAAGGGGAGCAUCCUUGCUGAAUGCUUUUCAAGAGCUGUGAAGUCGUUGCAAUUGAAACCAUAAACUUUGCAAGAAGGGGUGCAUCCUUGCUGAAUGCUUUUCUCCCGAUUCUCUGCUCAUGAGCUCAUCCACUCUAAGCUGCACAGAGUGUGUGAGAUGGAGGCUCUGCAGUAGGAAUGACACUGUUCCUUCUCGAAACCAGCAAAGCCCUUCCCCAAUACCCCAGCCAGCACAAGCGUUCUAAGAGAUUGCAGCACAUAAUUUUAAAGGAAACGUUGGACACUCAAAAGCGCGUACCCAAAGCUCCCACACCUUUGGGGUUUUUUUGGUGAAGGGGAUUUCUAGGCAGCCUUUUCGUUGCUUUUAUGCGAAGAGGUGGAUUCGAAAGCAGGACCUCCAGGAGGAUAUAUUCUACCACUGCGCUAUACCUACCCUUCAAACGUUGAACACUAAGUGUCAGAAAUAAAAACAGAAGCAGUCUAAUUACUUGGUAAAUGCUUUGCAUUUUUUAUAUUUUUUUGUGGCAUAUGACUCAUAUUGUAUUACUCCCUCUGAUCCAUAAUAUCGUAUUAUGGAUUGGAGGGAGUAGUUAAUUUCAUGGUCAAAAUUAGGCUAAACCUUGAGAGGGGGGAAGAAGCCAAGCUUAGACCAGGCCAUCAUCUGCUUAGAUUCCGAAACAAGCAGAAUGGGAGAUUCAGAAUGUAUAAUCUCUUAUGACUAUGGUGAUAUAUAUUCAGGAAGCAGAUCAUGUGUUGGAAAGUGCUUAUGCAUUACCAGACACCAAAGCUGCCUCGAUGGCCAACAACGGAUGGAAGAUCUCGGAAAGCGUCACCUGUUCAACAUCGAUGUGGCCAGAGAAUUCAGCUCAGAUUGCCUUCAGUACAUUCACUUCUGCAGAUAAACGCCAGAGAACCAGAGCAGGGACAGCUAGAAAGGACGAUAUUGCUUCUAAGAUCACCUCGAUCAUAGGUGUAUCAUGUAAGCUGCUAACUUAGAUUUUCUUACCGUUGUUUGGAUCACCUCGAUCGUGUAUCAUGAGAGGAACUGUUAUCAACUUGUUAAACAAGUGGCAAGUGGCAGCCCUGUUAGCUUAGAUUUUCAAACCGCUGUUUGUCAGGGAUCUUGCGUCUAUGAGACCUCAAUCACAGGUGUAUCACAAGCGAAACUGUUCUCAACUUUAAUCAAAUGGCAGCCUUGUAAGCUGUUAGCUUA